CAAUUAAUAAGUUAAGAUAAAGUCAGUGUUCACUAUGGAAUCGUUAAUUUCUUAUCAGGAAGAAAUCUCAGAUCGUAUUUCUAGGGCAAAGGUUAAUUUCAAAAAGUCACCAAAAGAACGGAUUACACAAAUUUAUGUGGAGGGAAGAUUAGAAUUGUUAGAACAGUUGUGGUCAGAAUUUAGAGUUGGGCAUAAAGAACUAUCGCAAACAGUAGACAAAACGUUGUUAAAAUCUCAAGACUACAUUAAAAAGGAUGUUUAUAAUACUACUGAGGAAAUGUACAUGGAAUAUAAGUGUGAUUUAAAACUUAUUUUGGCUAACCUUCAGCCAGCAACCAUAAGUAAAUCAAAUGAACUUACUGUUGUGAAUAAUGACCAAAGUCAUAUUCGUCUACCAAAGAUUAGCAUACCAAGCUUCUCAGGCAAGUACACCGAGUGGAUAACAUUUAGAGAUCUAUUUGUAUCUAUAAUUCACAAUAAUAAAACACUAGAUAACGUUCAGAAGUUGCAUUAUCUCAAGGGGUACUUGACUGGGGAGGCAGAACAAAUAAUUCGGUAUACACCGGUAACAGAAGCAAAUUACAUGACGUGCUGGAAGCUGUUGGAAGAGCGAUAUAGUAAUAAAAAGUACCUUUCAUAUAGCAUAUUGAAACGUUUGUUAAACCAACGUACCGCCAAUUCGGAAUCGGCUAGCCACUUAAAGGAACUUUUGGAUACGUUUUCCGAUUGCUUGAGCGCGUUGACUAAUUUAGGGAUUGAUGUAUCUACUUGGGAUAUUAUUGUUAUAUAUUUGUUAUCGUCAAAAUUGGACCCAGAAUCUCGCAAACAGUGGGAAUUAAGUGUCACGUCGAAUGUAAAUCCAAAUGAUUUACCCACAUUCACACAAUUUAAAGAUUUUUUGGCUAGUAGGUAUCGAGCUUUAGAGUUUCUUGAACCUGGAAGUAAAGGGAAAAACAUGUAUGUUAAGCCAUCAACUUCGAAUGCAACCAGUUCGAAAACAUUUUAUGCUAACGAUUCUGUAACUUUAGUGUGUGAAUUUUGUAGUGAGAAUCAUAAAUUAUGUUUCUGUAAAAAAUUUGCUGCGGAAGAUUAUGAAAAAAGACACGAAUUUGUAGCAAACAAUCGUAUAUGCUAUAAUUGUUUAGGGGCCAAUCAUUCUGUACGGUUCUGCCAAAGCACCAUGAAUUGUCGCAUUUGUAAUAAGCGGCACCAUUUACUCCUUCAUCCGAAGGGGGUUUCAACUUCAACUGCUCAUGUAAGGAACGUAGAUCAAGCAGUUUCAGCGUCCUCUGAGGAAAUUGUUGAGAUACAAACUGAGUCUGAUAGUUCAUCUAACGACAUUGCGUCGCAAUCUCCACAAGUAACUCUAUUCACUAAUAGAAAGGUAAAACAACAAGUUCUCUUAGCUACAGCUUUGGUGAAAGCCGAGUCUAAGACAGGUCAAUUUCAAAUCUAUAGAGCUUUCAUAGAUCAAGGGUCUGAAUCCUCAUUCAUCACAGAGGCUACAGUACAAGGAUUAGGCUUAAAAAAUGUUCCCAUUAAGUCCACAAUAACAAUGUUAGAAGAAACGUCGGUAACGACAAAUUACAUGGUAUUAUUGAAACUUAAAUCGUUGAUAAAUCCGGAUUUCAAUGUACAGUUGGUGGCAUAUGUGUUACCGAAAAUCACAACGAAUCUCCCAGCACGCAAGGUAGACGCGUCGGAAUGGCCACAUUUACAGAAUUUGGUUUUGGCUGAUCCCGGUUACGGCACACCAAAUAAAAUUGAUAUUUUAUUGGGAGCAGUAGUAUAUGCCCAGAUACUGGAGGAGGGUGUGAAGAAGGGUCCUGUUGGGACUCCAAUAGCGCAGUGUACUAGUUUCGGUUGGAUCUUGUCUGGUGGUUCAGCAGAUCAUAACGAAAGGAAAGUUGUAUUACAUGCACAAGUGGAUACGGACAACGAAAUAAUAAAACGGUUUUGGGAGAUGGAAUCAGAACCUUUAUUAAACUCGAAAGAGAUGUUGACGACCGAAGAACAGCGAUGUGAAGACAUCUUUUCAGCUACGACUACACGAGAUAAACUUGGCAGAUAUGUAGUGAAAUUACCAUUUCGUGACGAGAAUCCAGCCUGUAAAGAAGGAAAUUCAAGAGAAAUUGCUAUUAAGAGGUUUAGUUCACUGGAAAGGAAAUUUGCAAAGGACAAAAAUCUAAAAGAAAAGUAUACAGCUGUUGUGAAAGAAUACUUACAGUUGGACCACAUGGUGUUAGUCCCAGCGGCUAGAGAAAGUGAAAAUCAGGCUGUGUACUUACCCCACCACGCUGUUAUCAGAGAGGAUAAGUCAACAAGCAAGGUCCGGGUGGUAUUCGACGCGUCCUGUAAAAAUGAGAAGGGUAUAUCCUUAAACGACAGUUUAAUGGUUGGACCUACGUUACAGCCGGAGUUGCGUCAUCUCAUUAUGCAAUGGAGAAUGCAUCCCGUAUGUCUGAUUGCAGACAUCGUGAAGAUGUAUCGAAUGGUAAGAGUGACUGACCAGGACGCUGACUAUCAACGUAUUGUAUGGCGAGAUAACCAAAACGAAGAAAUAAAAGACUAUAAAUUAGUAACAGUUACGUUUGGAACAGCAUCGGCACCAUAUUUUGCUGUGAAAGCACUGAAUCAGGUCGCCAUUGACCAUGCGAGCGAACACCCAAUGGCAGCAAAGAGAGUUGCUGGUAGUUUUUAUAUGGAUGACCUAAUGACAGGAUGUGAAACCAUAGAAGAGGGUAUAGAACUUUAUAAAGACAUGAAGACUCUACUUAAAAAAGGAGGCUUUACUUUACAAAAAUGGGCAAGUAAUAAGGAGGAUAUACAGAGUGCUAUAGACAUAUAUGAGAAGGGAGAAACAGUUUUGGAAAGGGAAGAAAGGAACCUGGAAAUAAAACAAGAUAAUAUAGUUAAGAUUUUAGGACUUACCUGGAAUAAAAGGAAGGAUGAGUUUCAGUACUCAGUCACGCUGCCACCUGUAUCUGCUCCUGUAACCAAACGGAAGAUUGUAUCAGACGUCGCAUGACUUUUCG